AAAGGAGAUUUGGACAAAGUGAAAACCCACAACUAUUGCCACAGAGAUUUCCUGCAGCACUGCGAUGUCUCCAAGUCUUCUGGCUCUCUGCCUGCUGGUUUGUACCCUCUCUGGCUUAAAUGCGUACCCAGUCAAGCCCGCUAGUCCUCGGGAAGGAGCAGCACCUGAGGAACUCGCCAAGUACUACUCAGCCCUGAGGCACUACAUCAAUCUCAUUACGAGGCAGAGGUAUGGGAAAAGGGACAGUCCAGACACGGUCUUCUCAGACGUGCUUGUGAAAGAGAGCACAGAGAGCAUUCCAGGGUCCAGCUAUAUCAGAUACGAGGGGCUGCCAGGAUGGUGA